UAUUACAAAACCACAUAAAAUAUCCAAAAAUAUAUAUCAUUUGUUAUAAAAAAAAAACGUUAAAACAGAGUAAGAAUUUGUUUGUGUUGCAAUGAAGAGAAAAAGAAAAAUGUGUAAUCGAAAAAUGAGUGAAGUGAUUACUGCACCAAAGGUGAUACACACAAGGCAUACAAAUGGAGAAGAAAAAAAAUUACAUAACUAGAAUUUUUACAUUCUGGUUAAUGAAAAUUUGGAAAUACAACUCCAAUGAGUAGCAAAACUAUUGUACUCUAGAUUUAAGUUCACCUGUAGUAGGGGUAUAAGGAACGGAAGAAAGGAAAUAAGUAUAAAACGUUAUUGAAAAUUUAUUUAGAAAUUUUGGUUUUCUAAAAGAAAUUUUAUAAUGCACAGUUCCAAUAGGAGACAUAAAAUAUUCAUGCGUUCAAGUUCAUUUUUUAUACAGGAUUUACUACCCCACUCUCAAAAACACAAUAAAGAUUUCAUUUCUACGCCAUAAAAAUAAAACAAAGCAGGACCAUUGAACAGAAAAAAUCUUAAAUCGGCUGCCUGCGGCUCCAGAGACAUCAAGCACAACAGCAGACCGCAUUGCCGGGUCAACAGCAACCAACGCAAAGCCAGAGAGGCGCUCGCUUCAACAAUAAUUGGGCGUUUUGGACUGUUUUGCGAAGGCGGCAGUGGCGUGAGCGACGGCGAAAGCUGUUCUAACAAUCAAGAAACAAGUGCAUGAAACGUGUUGGUGCCUUGGCCCCCCGCCCCAUCAGCCCUAACGAAACAACGAACUACGAAAACCACUGUGUGUACAGCAUGUCGUCGUCAGGUGGUCCACAACGAGUGCGAAGGGAUGAGUUUGAUAUAGAGUCGAGAGAUUACUACGAGGAUUCUCCUCGCAGGGGAGGCAGUGGUAAGGGCAGUCGUUCUAGCAGAAGUCGCCAUCGCGAUGAUCGAGAUAGUCGCUCCCGUUCUCGCAGCGACUCUAUUGAACGCCAUCGUGGCGGUGGUCACCGCCGUGGUGGGCGAUACAAUAGUCGUAGUCGCAGCCGCAGUCGCAGCCGCGGCUAUUCGUCCCGGCGCCGGCUAGAUAGUGGUAGCCGCCACUCAGCUAGAUCUCACAGAUAUCGUGACUCGCGUUCCAGAUCAUACUCUGGCUCACGCUCCAGAUCUCCAGGAUAUAACAGACGUCAUCACCAUAGCGAUAGAGAUAAAGAACACAGACGUAGAAGUUCUAAAUCACGCUCUCGCUCAAGAUCAUCAUCAUCAUCAUAUUCUCGUGAAUAUUCCACAAAAAAGAUUGAGGAAGGCACUCGAAAAUCUGAACGCAAAGAAUUAAGGGCCAUUAGAGAAGAUAAUGGUGAUGGCGAAGACAAUAGCAGUUCCUCACAAGGUUUGCAUGAUAAAAGCCUGAAAGAUUUGCCCUUACCCGAACAGGAGGAGGGCAGCACCUCGAAAAAAGCCUUGUACAAAUUUGAUGAAGACGAGCCCAUAGAUAGGGCGCGCAUACAUCGCGAAAUGGAAGAGAAACUGAGACAAGCAUUGGCCAAAGAAGGCAAGGUGUAUCCUCCACCCAAGCCAGAAGCUUCACAUCCGGUAUUUGCCAAUGAUGGCUCAUUUUUGGAAAUUUUCAAAAAAAUGCAAGAACAGCAAAUGCAACCCAAACCAUCCACAUCAACGGCAGCAGCCAGACCAGUGGUGGCUGCUGUAAACCCUGCUGUGCCGGUACUGGCGGCAGCGACUGUCAAUCCCACUACAGCGCCAUAUUUGGUGGCCACAGCCACAGGUAAAAGUGCGCCACCCCCUCCCAUUGUGGGUCGACGAAAGGGAGGCAAAAUUCUGAAGACUGGUGUGGUGGCCAAACCCAAAGCAAACGCCGAACCCAGCAAUGAUCCCAAGGAUUUCUGGUCCCUUUAUUUGGCUGAAGUGAAUAAAUACAAAAACACAGCCUGUGAAUCGGAACAAGGCAAUAGGCCUUUAAUAAAAUAAAUUUUCUCAAUGCAGCGUGAAUAGGAAAAAUGAACUUGAAUCCAAUGUAUCGAGAAAAAAAAACCAAUUGACAUUGGACUGUGCAUAA